ACGAUGCUGCUUCAUAACAACAAUUUAUCUUAAAUCGCAACUUCUUUUUUGCCUUGUCGUUUGGUACUUUUAAUGUCAGCGGAAAGCACAGUAAUAUCCCUGUCAGUCUAUGUCGUCAUUAUUAGAAUAAUGUUAUUUGCUAAGUGUUGUUAGUAGGUUUUGCGCUAGCUAGAUAAUGCUAGAUGGCUAACCUAACAAAUAACGUCACCUAGCCAGCCAGCCAGCCAGCCAGCUGCUCUAGUAGGCUACUAGGAAGAACGUGAAAGUUGUCUGGUGUCAAGGGAACUGUAGUAGCAGCUAGCUGUCAUUCUUCUAAUCAAAUUGUAAAUACCUUAGAACUAUAGAAUCGUCGGAAAGUAUACUCAACGUGUGGCAAGUAUGCUUUUAACAUAAUUUUAAUGUGAGGAAACAUAGCAACCUAACCGGUUAGUCUGAAAUAUUUCGAAAUCAUACCCGUCAUUUUAAGUCUUCCGUUUACAAGCUCACUAGCUAGUGACUUGGGUCAUCAGCGUCCACGUGCUUUAGUUUUAAUAACACUUGUCUGUUUGACAGACAGUUUGAACAGGUCAAUCAUGGUUAGCCUUGGCACUAGACUUUGGUGUCAAAUGGAACAUUUUUGUAAAUAUAUGCCCAUCGUGUUAAACACGGUGCUCGUCUUUUCCAUCACUGCGGAAGUGAGUUAUCUAGUCAUUGUGGAAGCUCCACUUCAACCUGAUCAGAAGAAAACUCAGUGGUCUACAAUAUGGAAGUCGAUACAUCUUAUUUCUCAGUAUUACAUGCUUGGCAACAUAACUUGGAACGCUUGGUUGUUCGUGAAUGAAAGCCCAAGCAUUCGUGGAGUGUUCCUUGGUGGAGAGGCUAUGGGGCAAGGCUGGAGGUUCUGCUAUGCCUGUGAGACACACACGCCUCCACGAUGUUCGCAUUGCUACGACUGCAAUGUCUGUGUCCUCCGUCGUGACCAUCACUGUGUGUUUUUCGGCCAGUGUGUGGGCUUCCGGAACUAUCGCUACUUUUUCAGCUGCCUGCUCUUCAUGUGGGCCGGCCUGCUGUAUGCUGUGGUGAUGAACGCCGAGGUGUUCAUCGUCAUCCUAAAGGAGGGGGUCACCCUUCACAGCAUCAUGCUCCUCUUUGUGCCCUGGAUCAUGCUCGUCUCAGGUCAGGUCACAGCACGGGCCUUUGCCUUCGCCUUCAUCGCUGACACCUGUGUGGUGGGCUUCCUGCUGGUGGCUGGCUUCCUGUUCUUCCAUGUUGCACUGAUGCUGAGGGGCCAAACCACACGAGAGUGGCAUUCCAGUCGCCGGCCCUACAGCCUCGGAAUUGUCGGCAACAUUAGGGAGUGCCUGGGUAUCCGGUGGUACUUGUGCUGGCUCUGCCCGCUCCUCCCCUCUCCACUUCCUGGAGAUGGCAUUAACUUCCAGGUCACUGGGUCACUGGAACCAGUCAGGGGAUGAUUGGAGAUGUUCUUCAUGAGAGGGGUGAAGUGGAGGUACGGGGUUGAACUGGUGAAUACUGCUGAUGGAGAUUUUCAACAACUGCUGAUGGAGAUCUCAACAACCAGCACUAAAGAAAAAACUGUUUAAAUUCAGCCAAGUAUACACUCAAAGCCUUUUUAAGGUAUUAUUUGCCAAAUCUGCCUCGGUUUUUUUGGAAGGGAAAUGUGCAGCUCUAUAUGUUAAAUAAUUUAUACAUACAAUUGUAACUAGGUGCCAUUAUGACAAUUGCACUAUGGUCUUAAAAUGUGUUUGGGCCUGUUUAAGGAUUGUCCUUAAUGUUUCUUGAUUUAUGUUGUAUCCUAAUUGUCAGGGCAGGGCUCUAUAAGCAUGUUCACUUUUGUUAAGGUUUCCGUUUGUUUACAUUCUUUAAUGAAUACUUCUGAGCACUUUUUGUUGAUUUCUUUGUCCACUCCUUGCCAAUUUUCGAAUGCAUGAAUGGGUUCAAUAUUUGAAUGUUAUUUUGGAUGUAGUCACUAAUAAACAGACAUCAAUAUGGA